ACGAAGUCGCGUAGAAACCACGUGCAGCAACUCCCGCGCACAGACCCACAAAAAAAGUAUAUAAACCUUACCACGGUGUCCUGUUUCCUCAGAACAUACUCGAACAGGAUCUGUUUACAGAAACUGACCGAGUCUCGCAUUUUUACAAAUGCCGCAUCUUCAUAUCCACUCGAUGACUUCCGCGCUCACUCGUUAUACCGAGAAUAUGGCUUUGCGCAAGCAGGGCCUCGAGGACGUUUGGUGAGCUCAUUGGGCGUGCAUUUUAAAGCCGCUUGA